AAAUUGGAUCUUUUACAAUUGACAGAAAACAUACCCAAGUUAGAAAUGUCUGUCUCCAAUUGAGUUUCAGCCUUCUGGAAGUGACCAAUGAGAGCUGGUCUUUCAUAUGGGACUGUAUCGCAUUAUUUCGCGCCAUUUUGAUUCAAAGAAGUGGGCCAAGAUUAUUUACAUGUCCGUCGCAAUCACUGAAAAACACGUCUAAUUUGACGAACAGCGAGGGCACAUCGGGGUAAUCGGGAUUCGGAUUAGCUACCUCGUCAAGAGAGGGUGCUGUGGUGAGGUGAAGUUGAGAGGAAUCGGACCAGCAACACAUGCAAAAAGUUUGCAGCCAUGCCUUCCAGAGGUCGACCUCACCUGAAGGUGGUGUACCCAGAAGGUGUGAAGGAACUGUCAGAAGAUCUGCAUAAGGAUGAGCUCAUCAGGAGGCUCAAGGUCCUGGCCAAGACGUUUGCGGACAUGGACCAGGAUCAGGAGGAGGAAAAGCAGCGUUACGAGCCGCUGGCGCUCCACCUGGCGUCGGAACACUUCCUGCACCACGAGAGCAAGGACGUGAAGCUGAUCGUGGGCUGCUGCAUCGCGGACAUCUUCCGUAUUUAUGCUCCCGAAGCACCGUAUAAGGACCCCAUACAGCUGAAGGAGAUUUUCCUGUUCCUUGUGAAGCAGCUGAGAGGUCUUGAGGACAUAAAUGGAGCUCUGUUUAAGAGAUAUUUCUAUCUCUUAGAGAACCUAUCCUGGGUGAAGUCGUUUAACAUCUGUUUUGAACUGGAGGACUGUGGCGAGAUCUUCAACCAGCUGUUUGAAACUCUCUUCAGUAUUGUGCACCGUGGCCACUCCAACAAGGUGCGUACCUUCAUGUUGGACAUGAUGUCUCCCAUCAUUACUGAGGGGGACUCCGUGUCACAGGACCUGCUGGAUAUCAUCCUCAUGCGCAUCAUUGAGCCACAGAAGAGCAAGCUGCCCGAGGCCUAUGAACUGGCUAGGGAUUUGAUCAAACGGACUUCCCAAGCCAUCGAACCUUAUAUCCAGACAUUCUUCAACAAUGUCCUUGUUUUGGGGAAGACGUCGGAGAGUGACGCGUCCGGGCGGAUCUACGACCUGAUCUACGAGCUGAACCUGAUCGCGCCCAACGUCCUGCUGUCGGUCCUGCCGCAGCUGGAGUUCAAGCUCAGGAGCAAUGAUGGUGACGAGAGGUUGAAUGUGACCCGUCUGCUGGCUCGUAUGUUCUCAGACAAGGAGUCACAGCUGUCCUCACAGAACAAGCCUCUCUGGAACUGCUAUCUGGGAAGAUUUAAGGAUGUGAACGUGGCAGUUCGUGUGGAGUGUGUGAAGUUUGCAAACAAGUUACUCAUCAAUCACCAGAACAUGAUGGAGGAAGUAACAGAGCAACUGAAGGCACGUUGCCAUGACCCUGAUGAGAGUGUACGCUACGAGGUGGUGUCGUCCAUCAUCAAGGCAGCCAAGGAGAGCCUGCGCAACGUGUCCCAGGAACUACUGAGUCUGGUUCAGGACAGGAUGUUGGACAAGAAGUUUAAGAUCCGCCGCGAGGCUAACCAGGGCCUGGCGCUGAUCUACCGUGAGCACUGCACCACACCCGGGCAGGAGGAUGAGAUGAUCCGAUGGAUCAAGAACAAACUCUUACAUGUGUACUACCAGACCAGCCCAGAGGACAGGCUGCUAGUAGAACAUGCGGUGACCCACUGCCUCGUCCCUUACACCAUGGACACCAAGGAGAGAAUGAGACGACUCUUCAGACUCUACGCCACCCUGGAUGACUAUGCCGUCAAGUCGUUAAAUGAAGUGUUCCGUAGCCAGCACAUGCUGCGAAACCACAUGAAACAGCUCUUAGAUCUCCUGGAGGAAGAUCCUGAAGAAACGGAGGUGGAAGAAACAAAGAAAAUGAUUGCUUCCAAGACCAAUCUUCUUGCAAGGAGCCUGUCGGAACCCUCGAAGGCCCAGGAGCAGGUGAAGAAGUUUGUGGACAUCCUGGGGAAGGAUGAGCGCAUCCACGGCUUCAUGCAGACUCUGGUGGACCCCAAAUGUACCUGCGAGAAGGCACCAGAGACUAUGAGAGAGAUUCAGAAGAAGAUCGGCCACUUUGGUCAGAAGGGUCCCGCCAGUCCGUUUUACGACACAGUGAAGAACCUGCUGGAGAAGGUGUCUCCGCUGAUCAUCGACCCGUCAGCGGUAGAUCAGCUGUUCAAGCUGCUGAACGACACCAUGGAGGGGCUGGGGGAUGAGGAUCUGGGCGACUCUGGUCAGGAGAGAGGCCUGCAGCUCAUUCUGAUGCUCUCUCCUAUUUACCCUGAAUCAUUCCAGUCUGAGGACAUCUUCGGCCAACUCCUCUCCUACCUGAAGAAGGAAAACCCCAUAGUUGUGGAUACAGCCCUACAGAUCUUCAGCAACACUGGGGCAGUCAUAGAGGAGAACUUCACUAUGAUCAAGUCAGCACUUCUCCCCGUGUUACAAGCCAAAGCGAAGAGCGGCACCCCACGCCAGGCCAAACAUGCCAUCCGCUGCGUCAACACCAUCUUCCCUGGAGUCAGGGACAGCAUCUUCAAUCAGAUAUUUGAGCACCUGAGGAAGAAGCUGUCCUUUAACUCGCCCAACUUCCUGACGGCGCUGACGUCCAUCGGCCACCUCUCGCUGCUCGCACCCGCACUCUUCUCACAGCAGAUGAAGAACUUCGUGGCCAAGUUCAUCGUCAAAGACCUCCUGAUGCAGGACAGGAAUGAAAAGAAAGCGACCACUUCAUCCUGGUGUGAGGAUGACCAGGUGUCUUUUGAGACACAGGCAAAGAUUAUAGCCCUGAAGCUGAUCGUGAACUGGCUGCUGGGAAUGAAGAACAAUGACGGCAACUCCUGCACCUCCACCUUCAGACUGCUCCAUGCCAUGAUCAAGAACAAGGGGGACCUCAUGCAGAAGGGCAAAGUCAGCCAACCGGAGCAGGCCCACCUGCGGUUGGCAGCCGGCUGUGCUGUACUGAAGCUGGCCCAGGAGAGAGUCUUCGCUGAGCUGCUCACCCUGGAACAGUUCCAGAUGGUGGCUUCACUCAUGAAUGACAAAUGCCUGGAGGUUCGUCAGAAGUUCACCAACAAGCUGCACAAGGGCCUGAUGCGGCUGCGGCUGCCCCUGGAGUACCUGUCCAUCUUCUCCCUGGCCGCUCGUGAGCCGCACGCCGGCCUGCGCAGACAGAUCAAGGCCAGCACAAGGUAAGUCACAUUGCACAGAGGAGACAGUACAUCACCCAGCAUUCAGGAGCACAAGCCAAGCGGAUGUCCCUGUUGCCAGACUACGUCGUGCCUUACACCAUCCACCUCCUGGCACAUGAUCCACGGUUCUACGACCGUCAGAAGGUGGAACAACUCAAGGAUAUCAAAGAGUGCCUGUGGUUCAUCAUGGAGCCCCUCAUCAUGCGCAGUGAGAA